CGCGCGGCGUCGGGUUACUGGGGCGAUGCGCGCCGCCCCGCGGGGGAGGCACCGCCCGGCUCCGCUCCGCGCCGCUCCGCUCCGUCCCACCGCGGGGUGAGGCAGCGCGCGGGGCGAGGUUGGCGAGGCUGGCUCCAUGUAUCCGGAAUCCACCACGGACUCCCCGGCACGACUCUCGCUGAGGCAGACGGGCUCCCCCGGCAUGAUCUACAGCGCGAGGUAUGGGAGCCCCAAGCGCCAGCUCCAGUUCUACAGAAAUCUGGGCAAGUCCGGGCUGCGCGUGUCCUGCCUCGGCCUGGGGACAUGGGUGACAUUCGGAGGGCAGAUCACGGACGAGAUGGCCGAGCAGCUGAUGACUUUAGCGUACGACAAUGGCAUUAAUCUGUUCGACACUGCAGAAGUCUACGCUGCCGGCAAGGCCGAGGUUGUGCUGGGAAACAUCAUCAAGAAGAAGGGCUGGAGACGAUCCAGCCUGGUCAUCACCACCAAGAUCUUCUGGGGAGGAAAAGCAGAGACGGAGCGGGGACUGUCCCGGAAGCACAUCAUCGAAGGUCUGAAGGCAUCGCUGGAGCGGCUGCAGCUGGACUACGUGGACGUGGUGUUCGCCAACCGGCCCGACCCCAACACGCCCAUGGAAGAGACGGUGCGCGCCAUGACCCACGUCAUCAACCAGGGGAUGGCCAUGUACUGGGGCACGUCGCGCUGGAGCUCCAUGGAGAUCAUGGAGGCGUACUCGGUGGCGCGGCAGUUCAACCUGAUCCCGCCCAUCUGCGAGCAGGCCGAGUACCACAUGUUCCAGCGGGAGAAGGUGGAGGUGCAGCUGCCUGAGCUCUUCCACAAGAUAGGUGUUGGCGCCAUGACCUGGUCCCCGCUGGCGUGCGGCAUCGUCUCGGGGAAGUACGAUGGUGGCAUCCCUCCGUACUCAAGAGCAUCACUGAAGGGAUACCAGUGGCUGAAGGACAAGAUCCUGAGCGAGGAAGGACGGCGGCAGCAGGCCAAGCUGAAGGAGCUGCAAGCCAUCGCCGAGCGCCUGGGCUGCACGCUGCCGCAGCUCGCCAUCGCAUGGUGCCUGCGCAACGAGGGCGUCAGCUCCGUGCUGCUGGGAGCCUCCAACGCCGACCAGCUGAUGGAGAACAUCGGAGCCAUCCAGGUCCUUCCCAAGCUGUCGUCUUCCAUUGUCCAUGAGAUCGACAGCAUCCUGGGCAACAAACCCUACAGCAAGAAGGACUACCGCUCCUAGGCGCGCCCCGGCACGCCGCCCCGCCGCCCGAUCGCUUGCUUACGCUUGGAUGAAGCAAAGUGGAGAGCGCGGUCCGCAUCGAGAACACAGCACGCCGCGAGUGUAGAGAAACCGUUCCAAACGUCGCUGCAAGAGAACAUAACGCUUACUACAUAACAUUUAAUUUGAAUGCAAGAAAGCCACCGCCGGGGAGAGCGCGGGGGCAGCGCCCGCCCCACGCCCGGACUCGGAGCCGCAGGGGCACGCGGCCAGGCUCCGCGCUGCGCUGCCGGGGGCUGUCCUGGCACCGUGCGGAGGACUCAGCCGGCGGGGGCCGUCCUGGGCGGCGGCUGCGGCCGUUGCAUGCGUCUCCCCGCUGCUUCUCUUCUUUACUUUGUGUUUCUGGACAAGGAGGCCGUUGGGUGCAGGUGUGCUCAGGGCACCGUGGGAGCGUGGCUUGGGCAAGGCUGGAUGCCGGCCCAGGCCUGCGCCGGGGGUGUAAGAGGCUGCUGUGCAACACCCAGCAACAAAACAACCACCACCACCACCA